AAUCAUUAAACACAGUAGCAUAAUAUCCUCUUAAAUACCCAAUCAAGAAGUCUCUUCUCCUUCAUCCUAAAUUCAACUCACCACUCUCUUCUCAACAACAUGUCAUCUCCAAUGGUUUCUUUUGCUCUGUUCCUCUUCAAUCUAAUUGUCCUAUCAAGUUCUAGUUGCUAUGCAAUUGGUAACAACAAAACAUUGUCAUCACUUGCAAGUAGAAUUGGGAUAAACUAUGGAAGAUUAGGAAACAAUCUCCCAUCUCCUUACCAAUCAAUCAACCUCAUCAAAACCCUUAAAGCAGGCCACGUCAAACUCUACGACGCGGAUCAAGAAACCCUAAUGCUCCUCUCUAAUACCAAUAUCUACGUCACAAUCAUGGUCCCUAACAACCAAAUCAUUUCGAUCGCCGCCGACCAAACCGCGGCAGACAAUUGGGUCAACACCAACGUCCUUCCUCACUACCCACAAACGAAAAUCAGAUUCGUCCUUGUCGGAAACGAGAUCCUCAGCUACAACUCCGACCAAGACAAGCAGAUCUGGACUAACCUUGUCCCUGCGAUGCGUAAAAUCGUGAACUCACUUAGAGCAAGAGGGAUUCACAACAUCAAAGUCGGGACACCACUCGCCAUGGACGUUCUCCGAUCAAGUUUUCCUCCGUCGAGUGGUUCAUUCCGGGAUGAAGUCGCCGCUCCGGUGAUGUUACCGUUGCUGAAGUUUCUCAACGGGACAAACUCUUUCUUCUUCCUUGAUGUUUACCCUUACUUCCCUUGGUCCACUGAUCCGGUUAACAACGAUUUGGACUUCGCUCUCUUCGAAUCGAAUUCAACUUAUACCGACCCACAAACCGGUUUGGUUUACACCAAUCUUUUGGACCAGAUGCUCGAUUCGGUUAUCUUUGCGAUGACCAAGCUCGGUUACCCCAACAUCCGUCUCGCAAUUUCUGAAACCGGGUGGCCUAACUCCGGUGAUAUCGACGAAACCGGAGCUAACAUUUUCAAUGCGGCGACGUAUAACCGGAAUUUGAUCAAGAAGAUGACAGCUAACCCGCCGCUCGGUACACCAGCCAGACCCGGUUCACCUAUACCGACGUUUUUGUUCUCGUUGUUUAAUGAAAACCAGAAACCCGGUUCGGGAACAGAGAGGCAUUGGGGAAUUUUGAAUCCUGACGGUACACAGAUUUACGAAAUUGAUUUCAGUGGGACAAGACCGGUUUCGAGUCUUGGUUCGUUGCCUAAACCGAGUAAUAAUGUUCCGUUCAAGGGCAAUGUGUGGUGUGUGGUUGCUGAAGGAGCCAGCGAGGAGGAGUUAGGGCAGGCGCUUGACUUUGCUUGCGGAAGAAGUAGUGAAACCUGUGCAGCUUUGGCGCCGCGAAGAGAGUGUUACGCGCCAGUUUCGGUUACUUGGCACGCAAGCUAUGCAUUUAGCUCGUACUGGGCUCAGUUCCGGAACCAAAGCUCUCAGUGCUACUUCAAUGGCUUGGCACGUGAGACCACUACCAACCCUGGAAAUGAGCGUUGCAAGUUCCCUAGCGUUACCCUGUGAGACAUCCUCAGGAGUCAAAACUAAGGCGUAUGGAGAAAAAUCAAAAGCGGGAUCAUUCGGAUUAAGUCGAUCAAUCUUGUUCUUGACAAUUAUUAAUUUUUCUUUUACCAAGUUCUUACUCCUUGUUUCCUAUUGUCGAGGGAGAUCGAAUAAACAAUAAAAAAUUGUCACUGAUAUUUAAAAGCCAAGAUUAUUCA